AUGUGCCUGACCUUGGCCUCCAGCCCCCGGGAGACCCAGGAAGCCCCACCGUGCAUCACGCCGUCAGCACAGACCAGCCUGGAGCGAGACCCACGGUGCACGGACACUCCCAUCAGACUCAAGGGACCAUUGUCAUUCAUGGAUGUGUUUGUGGACUUUACCUGGGAGGAGUGGCAGCUGCUGGACCCAGCUCAGAAGCACCUGUACAGGAGUGUGAUGUUGGAGAACUAUAGCAACCUGGUGUCCCUGGGGUAUCAACUCACCAAACUAAAUAUCAUUUUCCAGUUGGAACAAGAAGAGCUGUGGAUGAUGCAAAUCCCAACUCAGGGCCAUCUGGGCAUCGGUUUCCCAAGGGUGUUCCCCAGACGGCCUGCUCCCCGUAGUUCUGUGAACCCACGAACGGCCCAAAGGACUGGUCUCCCAUGGCUACAAGCACCCCAAUAUACAGACAGAUUGGGCUUCGAGAAGGCUUCCUGGGGCAGUGCAGAGCGCCUUCCGGCUCGCUGUGUGCAACAUCUCUCCAAACUAAACUGCACAGGGGAGAGGCCAGACCGUGUCCGAGCCAGGACGGCGGCACUUCAGAGGCUUCCCCUGCGUGGCUGACCAGGGUCACCGAGAACUCGGGUCCCCAGGCCUCCACCGUCGCGAAGGCCUCUCCGCCGCGCGCAGCUGCGCCCCAGGGUCAGGCGGGGGUGGGAUCACCGGGGGCCUCCGGCUGGAGCUGCGGGGGCACGGGAAGGGCGGGGGUGUCUGCCCCCUGGGCUACGACCCCAGCCGGGCUUUGUCUCCGCAGAGCUCCAGGGCGGUGGCGUGGGGUUAAUCCAGGGUCACAGCUUCCUCCUGCUUCAGGGGCGGGGGUCGUGGCGCCCUCUCCUCCACCCCAGCCCAGGACCCCCAGGACCCCGGCUCUGCUCCUUCUGGGGCCUGAGGACGCGCAGAACCAGGCUGGAUGGCGCCUCCGACGCCCCGCCCUCGCCCCCCAACCUGUCGGCUCCCGUGCAGCCCCCCGAAUGCCAUGGACCCCCGAGAACCUCUCGGCUCCCCAAGAACCACCGGAAUGCCCCGAACCCAGGUGGGCGGAACCGCAGGCCCCGGGACUUAGGGGGCGCAGGGCACGGGCGGGGGUCAUCGGGCGGGGCCCUUGCAGGGAUUGGCGGAGGCCUGGAUACUCUGUAUCAACCGCGCCUUCCCGCCGCCUCCCCGGACGUGCGGGCGGAGCACGUGCGCGCCGAACGUGGAAGCGGCCCCGGGCGCCUGGCUGGGGUGUGUUGGUGGCGUGCGGAUGAAGGUGAGUGAACGAGGGGCUCGUCCGGGCGACGGUGACUGAGUCCGGCGUCCGGGGCCGGCCGCCGGGGAGGCUUCUCGGGCCCCGCGGGGAGAAGGGCGCCGGGAGAGGUCCGGCGGCGCAGGGCCACGGCCAGACGGAGGUGUACGGGCAGGACGCAGGGCAUAGCCGCCUGCCCCCCGCCCCCUCUGUCCCCGCCGGGCCGGGUCCCCUCAGUGUUCGGGGUGCCCCCCGAACCCACUUCCUUCCCGAACUCCGGGACCCUCUCCAUGAGCUCGGCCCUUGGCCUCCUUCCCGCCCUUCCUGGAGCAGCGUGGGGCGGGGCUGUCGGCGCUGGGGACACCCGGGUCGCUCGAAGGGUGCGGGGUCGCGGGCCUCCUGCCAGUCGCGACGGGAAGAAACGUGGGGCCCCGAGGCAGGAGCCCGUGACAAGGCGCUGAGGCUCGGAAGCGGCGGCGAGAGCGCGUCCCCUGGUGGGCGCCCUGGAAGCCCUGCCGGGAGGAAAGAGCUAGAAGCAGGCCAGACCCUCCGCCGGGAGCGUGGCAGUUCUCCGCAGGUUGUCUCAACCUUUGCGGACAGCGGUUUGGCAGCAUCGACUGAAAACGCGCCCUUACCCUCGCCUCCAGGAGCCUGUUCCACAGAAGUGAGGUAGUUGUGGACACAGGUCUGCACGUGCUGUUUGAAAAAGCGAUCGCCAGCCGCCUCAGCGGCCGCGGCUGGCAAGCUGCCGGCGCCCGUUAUGGCCGCGCCUCGCACGGGUGCUUUGCAGGACCCGGCGCAGACCGGGAGUCAUGCCUGCGGUGCUGGCCCGACUGAGUAUCGCCAUAAAAAAGACUCCCUCUGCUGUUAAAACUUGGUGUCUGUUUGCAUAGUUAGACGGUAAUUUUCUAGAACACUGCAAAGCCUUCGGUCCAGCUUGCCGUGGCUCACCUGUUUGUGUCGGGGUGGGAGGGCGGCAGAGCGGGCUUUUGGGGUGCAACGGGCCGCACGGAAGCCAGUCUGGCCAGGCCCCCGCCCUCGGG